AUGUCUGCUUUCAGCACCCCAACCACCAAAGACGCCAAUACCAAAGGUCAAGAGCCUCGGCAGAAUACCACUGCUGAUCUCAAUGACACCAAAGGUCCAGCAGGAGGUACGAGGGAACAACUGUCCAAACGUCAAAGGCUCAAAAGUUUCUUCAAGUCGCCGGCAGUCGAAAGCUACGAAAAGAACGUGUCCCGGGAGCGCAAAGACUGGGGUACCGGCAACCAAUUCGGGGGAGGUCCCUAUCGCCCUCUCUCCACGACACCGGGGGCAGCAGAUUAUUAUGCUGCAAAGGGCGCGAGUGGUCGAUGA